AAGGACAAAAGUCGAUUUUAAAAAGGAGGAGUUGGACGCUCUGCAAACCCCGAAAUUAAUUAUUAAAGCCUCAGAAAUAUCAUGUUCAUCUUCACAAAACAAAACUCGAGCUGGUUGCCCGGUCAGAGUUGUGGAUCAGCUCUGAGGAUGGAUUGAAUGUGGGCAGAGAGGGGUGCCUGUGCCGAAGAGGAAGAAAAGCAAAGCCAGCUGAGUGUGUGUGUGUGUGUGUGUGUGUGUGUUUUUUUUUUUUCUUAACCCGAGAUAGAAGUGGGGGAUGUCGGGCAGAAGUGGAGGAGCACCUCGGGGGUGCAGCAACCCCAGCCUGCUGCCCCUCAGAGCCACAGUCCCGUAUCAGCUCCAGAGGGGUUCCGCUCUCCUCUGCAGGGAGGUCAGGAUGGCUGACAGAACGUCAGCACGCCCGCCCAAACCCACCAUCCGCCGCACUCUUUCUUUGGACACCGUCGUUGGACCCUAUCUGCAGGGACAGUGGCCGAAAGAGGCAGAGAGCUCUGCUGUUAGCUGUGUCAACGACAAAGCCACACAGACUCCGAGUUCCUGGGCCGAGGAGACGCGAGGAAGAAGGAGCGCCGUUGGACACAAGCGCUCGGCAUCGUGGGGCAGCGCCGAGCACCUCAGGGAGGUGGCAAAGCUGAGGAGCCAGUUGCAGAAGCGCUCCCGCCACGCCCCUCCCCCUGCCGGACACGAGCUCCCCCACCGCCACCCCCUGCCAGCAGGUCACGCUGCAGGCAUCUCUCAGACGUUGCCCCUGAUGCCUCUGAACAGACUCGCCUCGCGCCUGAGACGGAGUGUUGAAGGUUUGAACUUGGAGCUGGAGGAAGUGUUUGUCUCUGAUAACGCCGACGAUCAGCAUGAGAUAUUAGAUAUCCCAGAUGGCCACAGGGCCCCAGACCCUGCCCAGAGAUGCAGCAGUGGCUCUCAGAGUGAGCCGUCCCCAGGUCCCCUGGAUCCUUCCCUCCUCUCUCCUUCUCACUCUCCCUGUCCUCUAGAUCCAUCGCUCUUGUCUCCGUCAAACUCCCCCUGUCCUCUGGAUCCUUUGCUACUGUCACCUUCAAACUCCCCCUGCCCUCUGAACCUGUCUCUGAUAUCUCCGUCACACUCACCCUGUCCCAUUGGAAAACCAGAGCGAGUGUACUGUGGGAACCUGCAUCUCUCUCCGUCUGUGUCGCUCCCCUUAUUUGCACUCGACCCUCCUCUGAUGCAGACCUGCUCCUCCUCUCCUCGCGCCACCAAAACCUGCUCUUUCCAGCGCGAGCCGCCAGAGGGCUGUGAGAGAAUACAAGUAUGUGACGAGGCAAUAUCUGCCUGUCAGGAUGAGCCUCUCCUCCAGCCAUCCUGUCCUGACCCAAAUAAAGUCAACUUCACCCCCCAUGGAGGCUCUGCUUUCUGCCCCGUCAGUCUUCUGAAGCCCCUCCUGCCCUCCAUGGACCUCCUCUUCCGGGGCCUGUCAGUCUCUCCAGUCACAGGCUGCCCAGGUCAGGCUUCUCCCACCAGGCACCUUGGCAUGCAGUAGGUGGACGUGUGAGCAGAGCCUCUUUCUGGACUAAACCGCACUGCACCAUCAGGACCGGCAGAAACCAGAUGUAUUCGCCGAGGUCAUCACUGCUGCUGUAAUGUACAGUGAUCACUGAGAUCAAAUAAAGAGACUCUGCGACUGUAAGCCUUUUCAACAUCACAUUUGAACUCUGGCCUAAAAUCUGGCGGCUUUAUUAAUGACGUCCUCUGCAGGAUGCUUGGAGAUACUUGAUACAAACCUAUUUGUGCUAUGAAUAACAAAAACAAGGCUCAAGUUCUGCAAAUGCUGGAAAAUGACUUUAAAAAAAAUGGUUGAAUUAUAUAUGAAAUUGCUCUUUUUGGUAUUUUUUUUAUUUCUAUCAGCAGUUCUGACAAAAACUGCGGUCAGAUUAAGAUCUUUUAUGUCAGUGAAUUUAAAAAAAAAAACAAAGCACUUGGAACACACAAGUAUUACUUUUCUUAUUAGCAUUUACAAUUGAAUAUCUUUAAAAAGCAUUGUUCAGAUAAAGAUAAUGUGAUACACUUUUUCCGAUUUAUUCUUGUUAUUUUUGGCCUUUCGUUUGUGGUGGCUAGUUUUCUACACAUGCAUGUAUAGGAAAGAUGUAUGGAAGACAUAUAUAUUUUUGUAUCUUUCUAUGCUGGUGAUACCUCUUCUGUAUUCACCGAAGAAACAUUUGGAUGCGUUUGUAUUUUAUACACAGGAACAGGUUUGAUAGCUUUGCCAACGGCAGCGUUCGCUCUUACCAAAACUGCUGCAAUUUCUUUUCGCUAUGAAUAAAUUUGAGUCCAUAACGGUGAUUUUUAUUUUGUUUCAUAUGAGCUUUUUUUUUUAUACUGUGCGGUUCUGUCUAGAAAAGAGCUGAUGUUUAAGUGUUGUUCUUGGCAUGGAUGUGUUCAAGUUAAUGUUCAUACGGAUAGAAAAA